GUGAAAGCAGUGGGAGUGGCUGUGCCUGCUGGAUCCAGGCCUCUCCUAAAGGCAAGAGGUGUUGCCAUAUUAAAGCAGCCACCACACUCAUCCUAGUUCUUUGAGGUGCCCAGGAGAGAGCAGUCAGGACCUUGCUCAGUGAAACCAAGAGACUACCAGUAUGUCGGGGAAGCCAGUGCUUCACUAUUUCAAUAUCCAGGGCAGGAUGGAGUCCAUCCGAUGGCUCUUGGCUGCAGCAGGAGUAGAGUUUGAAGAGAAGUUGAUAAUGUGUCAAGAAGAUUUGGACAAGUUAAAAAAUGAUGGGCUUCUGAUGUUCCACCAAGUGCCCAUGGUGGAGAUGGAUGGGAUGAAGAUGGUGCAGUCUAGAGCCAUUCUCAACUACAUCGCCACCAAAUACAACCUCUAUGGGAAAGACAUGAAGGAGAGACUCCUGAUCGAUAUGUAUACAGAAGGAAUGGCAGAUUUAUUUGAACUGUCCUUUAAAGUGAUAUUAGGUCCCCCAGAGCAGAGAGAUGCUACAAAAUCGUUGAUUAAAGACAGAGCAAAGAAUCGUUUCUUCCCUGCCUUCGAAAAAGUAUUGAAGAGCCAUGGACAAGGCUAUCUUGUGGGCAACAAGCUGAGCAAGGCCGAUAUUCUCCUGACUGAACUUAUGUACUGUGUUGAAGAGUUUGACGCCAGUCUUUUGACCAACUUCCCCCUGCUGCAGGCUCUAAAAACCAGAGUCAGUAACCUGCCUAAUGUGAAGAAGUUUCUGCAACCUGGAAGCCAGAGGAAGCCUUUUACUACUCCAGAAAUGUUCGAAGAAAUGAAAAAGAGCUUCAAGUUUUAAUAUGGGUGGUACUGACCAAACCAUGCAUAUCAAACUUCUAAAUUUUACAGCAAUACAUUUUUAUGUAAAUAUUGAUCUCUGGCAUUUCUAGAUUGUAUAUCACAGUGCAAUAACAAUAUUUCUUUAAGAAGACAACAUUUAUUUUCUCAAUUAGGCUUGGAUGUGAAACUGAAUUUCUAAUUUCCUUUUUUUCCCCUGGUCUUUUCUGAGACAGGGUUUCACUAUGUAGUUCAGGUGGGCCUUGAUGUCAUUUUUUAGCCCAGGUUGACCUCAAACUCACAGUGAUCCUUCUACCUCAGCUUCCUGAGUGCUGAGAUUAUAGGCAUGUGCUAUUACACCUGACUCUAAUGUCCUUUUUUAAUUUUUUAUUUAAAAGGAAAAAAAACCAAAUCAAAAUGGUAUAAGGGUACAAGAAAUAAAGAAUUACAAAAAAAACAGUAAGAAA